AUGGACGAGGUAGGAAGUUUGCAAGAAACAUCAAAUUGGGAAAAUAUACUACAAUCUUUGGGGAUUGAGAAACUCGCAAAUGAUAUUGAGACGGAGGAUGUCCAGGGAAAGGUCUUGGAGUCCCUUGAAGAGUGGGAGGAUUUUUAUUACACAUACUCUUUGUGGGUAGGCUUCAGUGUCCGCAAAGCAGAUGUACGGAAAAAAAAUGGGAACAUCACCAUGAGAAAAUGGGUAUGUUCAAAAGAAGGUUUCCGCAAACACAUGGAAAUUGACAAGGCCGGUGGGAGCAAACGAAAAACAUCUAUUACUAGGACUGGUUGCCAAGCUAGUUUUCGAGUCGUAAUGAUGGGCGAUGAGGGUCCGUGGAUUUGCAAGGAAUUCCAACCUCUGCACAACCAUGACAAGGCAGCAUUAGAUGAGUUGCGAUUUCUGAGAUCAAACCGUUCCGUGUCAGAAACACUAGUUGCUCAAGUGAGGUCAAUGAACCAAGUUGGGAUAAGAACUUCACACAUCAUCUCCCACUUGGCAAUGCAGUCUGGUGGGUACGAAAGGAUGCCUUGCCAGCUACGAGACGUUUACAACAAGGUCGCCCAUGUCAAAAGAAAAGAGAAAAGAUGUACAGAUUCAGAUGGUGCUUUGGGAUAUUUGGAUUGUCUGUCAAAGAGGGAUCCAAAUUUCUUCAUUCAAUAUCAAUGUGACGUGGACAACAGAUUGGGGAACCUAUUCUGGGCGGACGGAUAUUCUCGACGGGAUUUCGUCGCAUUCGGUGAGGUUAGUGGAUUUGACACAACAUAUAUGACAAAAAAAUAUAAUAAACCCCUGACAAUUAUUUUGGGCGUCAAUCAUCAUUUCAAGACCUGCAUAUUUGGAAUGGCACUGCUUAACUCCGAGGAUGAGCAAACUUACUUUUGGUUGCUUGACAAAUUUAUUGAAUGCCACAAUCAUGUAACACCAAAGGUUGUGGUGACAGAUGGAGAUGGAGCUAUCAAAAAUGUUGUCUUCAAGUACUUCCCAAAUGCAACUCAUCGGUUGUGUGCAUGGCACCUAAAGAUGUGA